GGCGGGGCGGGGCCGGGCCGGGUUGACCCCGCCUCUGGACCUACCCGAGUGACGUUCCGAGAGGUGAUUGGGCCAGAUCGCUGACAGUUCCCGUUGCCCAAGCAACUAGGGCUCGGAGCCCGGGGUGCUGGAGGGAGGCGGCAGGCCCGGGUCAGGGGCCUCGAGAUCGGGCUUGGGCCCAGAGCAUGUUCCAGAUCCCAGAGUUUGAGCCGAGUGAGCAGGAAGACUCCAGCUCUGCAGAGAGGGGCCUGGGCCCCAGCCCCGCAGGGGACAGGCCCUCAGGCUCCAGCAAGCAUCAUCGCCAGGCCCCAGGCCUCCUGCGGGACGCCAGUCACCAGCAGGAGCAGCCAACCAGCAGCAGCCAUCAUGGAGGCGCUGGGGCUGUGGAGAUCCGGAGUCGCCACAGCUCCUACCCCGCGGGGACGGAGGACGACGAAGGGAUGGGGGAGGAGCCCAGCCCCUUUCGGGGCCGUUCGCGCUCGGCGCCCCCCAAUCUCUGGGCAGCACAGCGCUAUGGCCGCGAGCUCCGGAGGAUGAGUGACGAGUUUGUGGACUCCUUUAAGAAGGGACUUCCUCGCCCGAAGAGCGCGGGCACAGCAACGCAGAUGCGGCAAAGCUCCAGCUGGGCGCGAGUCUUCCAAUCCUGGUGGGAUCGGAACUUGGGCAGGGGAAGCUCCGCCCCCUCCCAGUGAGCUUCGCUCCACAUCCCGAAAGUCCCUUUCCCACUGCCCUGGGCGGCCAUCUUGAAUAUGGGCGGAAGUGCUUCCCACAGGCCUAUGCAAAAAGAGGAUCCUUGCUGUCUCCUUCGGAGGGAGGGCUGACCCAGAUUCCCUUCCGGUGCGUGUGAAGCCACGGAAGGCUUGGUCCCAUCGGAAGCUUUGGGUUUUCCGCUCAUAGCCGCCGGAAGUGGCUCCGUGGCCCCGCCUUGCGGCUCCGGGCUGCCCCAGGCGUCUGCGCUAAGUGGCGAGCCAGGUUUAACCGUUGCGUCACCGAGACCCGAGUCCCCGCGAUGCCCCGGGGGCCGCGCUCACUACCAAAUGUUAAUAAAGCCCGCGUCUGUGCCGCCGA